ACGUUCGAAAUUGGUGACAUUUUUGCACGUGUUUGCUCUGAAAUUUAUUUACUGCUUAUUGUCAUAUAAUUCUUGAAAUUAUGGUCCAAAUCUCUAAAAAACGUGUUCGUAGAAACACAAUUGUUUUAGAUAGUGGCUUAAAUUCGGUUAUAACUGCAUUACCGCCUCGUAAUACAGUAUCAACUACUAGCUCUCAAAAUGGUUUGAGUGCAGAUCUCACUCCUGUGAUACAGGUGAAAGAUGUUCUGUUAGAGAACUCUGAGUUCUGUAAACUAAACCUCCUUUUGAAAGAUAUGCAGAGGCAAGUAAGUGAAAUUCAGAAAAAAUUAGAUCAGUUUGAUAGUAUGUCACUGCCAAUCUCAAAUACCACGGAGAGCCGUUCUGAUAUUGGCCAGGUUAAGUGUUUACUGGAUGUAACUCAAAAUAAGCUUUUGAAUUUAGACCCAAUAGCCUGUCUUUUAGAAAGGCAUCCUAAAAUAUCUCCAGACAACCUAAAUAAAGCUGAAAAUCUGAUUGACUGCUUGGCUACGGAGGUGAUGAAGCGUAUAACCUCUUCUCACCAAGCUAUAGUUUACAACGUCCCAGACUCUCUGCCCCUGAAAACUGUAAGACACAAAAUCCUGAUUUGUUGCGGCAUGGCUAGUGUUCCAUGUGAAUGCAAACGACUUCGUAAAAAGUCUAACCAGGCUAAUUGCCCAAUCAUUUUUAAAUUCAGUAAUUCCCUUGAUGCUAGUAAGUUUACUAAAUGUCAGGAUCACUUAAGACUGAAUAGCAGUUAUAAGUCUAUAACCGUAGCUCAGGAUAAAACACCGUGUCAGCGCAGAAUAAUGCGUAGUAAUAACCUGGUCACCUCCUCUAGCUCUAGCUUUGAUUUACCAAAUAAGGAUCGUGCACAGCAACAGACACCUAGUGCUGAAACUAGCAUUCAGCAAACUACACAACAACCACACCUGCCAAUGGAACUAGGAACUGAUUUAGAUACCAGUACCCCUGUAAACAAAGCCUCAUCGAAAGAUGUUAAAAUGACUAGAACUUCUGCAAGUUGUUCUAAGAAAUUUCCCCCCAAACGUAGUAACCUCACCACGAUGAACAAAUUUCGCAGGGUUGAGACUAAUGAUGGGGAAGAAUACUUUGUAUUCAAUAAGCCUGCUGAGAGUAAGAAUGCCAACAAACCAUCACUUGUUACGAAAAACUCCUCUCGAAACAUAAGUACAUCUGGAGGUGUUCCGCAUGCUCCACCUUAUAGAAAGUCAGGCUCCAAGACUCCUAAAGUCUUGCAGCCAAAGCACCUUCCUUCACAAUUCCCUUUAAGUUAUAAAAACAACCCGAAGGUGUAUACCGGUAUGACGAAUAGCAGUUGGAUGGGUAGACCUUCUGAUGCUAUGCCUUUUAACCGCCAACCUAGGCCCAACCUGUACUACCCUUAUAUCCAGGAACACAUGGUAAAUUUUCCAGGUGUCCUGAAUCACUGGUACGACCCAUGGCACCUAGGACCACCUCAUUGCACACCAACUCCGAUGUGCAGACACCCAGUCCGACCUCCUUUUCAUUCAUAAAUUCUUGCGGUGCUGACGCACAAAUAGAUUUAGGUUAUGGUGACAUUUUAAGCCAGUUUGUAGUAUCCCGUGACUUAUUCACGAUAUUGCUAAUUAAUGCACGCUCCUUAAUCAAUAAGAUAUCUGAACUAAGGACAUUAUUAUUAGUCGCCAAGCCUACUGUAGCUCUGAUUACUGAGUCAUGGUGCUCAUCCUCAGUACUUGAUGUGCAUAUAGGUAUCGAUGAUUACACUGUACACCGUGCAAACAGAGAUUGCAAGCGUGGUGGAGGAUGUCUCAUAUAUAUACAUAACUCAUUUGUAGUCAGUAAGGUGGAAGAUGAAACAAUGAAUAAUGUACCUGACUCACUCUGGGUUGUCUUACAUGGAGAUAAGUACAAACUUCUCAUAGGCUGUGUUUAUCGAGCACCAAGCGCAACAAAAGAAACUGAUGCGUUAUUAGCUAAAUCGUUUGCACACGCAUCCUCGUUUAGUGCUAAUUACAAAAUAAUUGCAGGGGACUUCAAUCUUCCAGAAGUCAAUUGGCUAACUAGUUCCGGCCCCCAACGCUUCGACGAAUUACUUGCCACUAUAGACUGUUAUGGAUGGCAACAACACGUCCAGACACCUACUCGUGGUGACAACAUUUUGGACCUUGUUUUUUGUCAUGACACAAUCCCAGUAUCCACUUAUGUUGGUAAUCGAUUUUCCAGU